AAACACAGAGCUGUGUGUUCUACAUUUUGACACACCAGUGCUAAAGUUCGACACCGUCAAUACAACAGCAGCGACACAGUCACUCACAGCUCAGAACUCGGCUAGGAGGCAGAUUACUGAAUAAAACUACAGAUUACACAAAGGACAUAUAAUCUACCAAUAUGUCUCGAGCAAAAACUAAGAUUUAUGUGGAUGGCUUUGUGAAGCCUGGCUUUGAGAAGAUUCUACAGACGUUUAAGUAUAACCUGGAUCAGGGUCUGGAGAGAGGAGGGGCGUUUGCUGCCUACUACAAAGGAGAGCUGGUGGCCAAUGUCUGGGGAGGAACUGCUGAUGGGAAGUCUGGAGUCUUCUGGAAAAAGGAUUCUCUCCCUUGUUUUUACUCGACAACAAAGUCCAUGUCAGCUGUUGUCAUAGCUCACCUUGUCGACAGGGGGUUACUGAACUAUGCAGAAAAGGUGAAAACGUACUGGCCAGAAUUUGCUCAGAAUGGAAAGGAAAGUGUUUCACUGGAGCAGCUUAUCAGUAACCAGGCUGGUGUAGCUGCUUGUGAUGAAAAGUUUCAGAUGGCUAUGGUCCAAGAUAAUCCUAACAAACUUGGCGAAAUCCUUGCAAAACAGAGGCCACUGUGGAAACCAGGGACCAACCACGGCUACCAUCCAAUCACAUUUGCUCUGUAUCUGGACCAGAUUGUCCGGCGUGUGGACCCUAAACGGAGAAGUCUCGGACUUUACUUCAAGGAGGAAAUUGCUGAUCCUUUUGAUUUAGAAUUUUACAUUGGGCUUCCAAAGUCCUUAUACUACCGCGCCCCAAGAGUUGUGAUGAUGAAAAAGUUUGAUGUCGCAGACUACAUCGCAAAUUUCAAAGGAGAUUUGAAGAUUUUAGAGAUGACUUCUGAUAAUCCGACAGAUUUCCGUAGCGUGCGGCGUAUGAAUGACCCAGACAUCAGGUGUCUUCCCGUCGGGUCUGUCUGUGGCCACGGGACAGCCGAAGCUGUGGCAAAAUUUCACGGUAUCCUUGGUAACGGUGGGGUGCAUGAAGGCAAGAGGAUGUUAUCAACUGAGAGUAUCCGGAGAAUUCAGGAAAUGAAGGUCGGAGGUUUUGACCUCUCCUUCAGUAUGGACGGAAUGUGGAGUCUGGGCACGAUGGUGUUUCCGGUCUUUGAAGAUGGAAAGAAGAUGACAAUGUUCGGACAUGGUGGUUACGGGGGACAGAUGGGGUUGGCCGACUCUCACUACAAGGUCGGUCUAGCUUAUGCCACCAACCACCUCGAUGCCACGUCCCGAGCCGGGGCUGAUGCUGACAAACGAUGGCCUUCCAUGUACAACACACUGUACAAGUGUAUACAUGAGAUUGAGAAUGUGAAAGCCAAUCGGAAAACUCUCUACCAAUUUAAUGAUUAUAAAGUUUUUACUGAAAGCAAGCUGUAAUGAAAAGUGGGAAUAUCAGGUGGUGAAACUGAAACUAGAUAGAAGGUCUUUCUGCCUAGAGAGGAUCUGGAGACCACCUGUCUAUCUAUUUGACCUGCCCAAAGUGCCUAUGUAUGAUUCUUGACAGACUUUUUGAUUUAAUUAAAACUUGGAAGACUGUUAAAUGUUUUCAGCUGGCACAAAGGAUCCGAGAGCUUACUGAGCGAGACUGUGCUAUCUCAGUCUCAGGUACAUGAAGCCAUAAGAUUCUGUAUCAUCCCAACACCUCUUGCAACCACUAACACCUCGGCUGGAAUUAUAAAGAAAAUGGAUAUAAUCACAGCAUACUCAAGCAUCACCAGUAAGCAGGUUUUAAAGUUUAUUUGGCAGACUAUUUUUGCCUAAAAAAUUAAGGCUUCAUCAGGACAAUUUUACAAUGCUUUAGACACCUAAAGCAUUUUUUUCGAGGUUCACUUUUAUAUUGUGAUGUAAUGGACAAUGAGCUUUAGUCAAGGACAGAUAAACAAUGGUUAGCAACAGAACAGUAUGACGUCAUCAACAUUAGUAGUGUUGUUAUGGACAUAUGAGGCAAGGUACAUUUCUUUGUUACAAGGAAAUCACUGUUCACAUAAAUGUAAAUGAAGAAAAUAAAACUAGUCGGCAAAAUAAACUUUACAACAAAAUGUAUUGGUGACAUUUGAGUAUGUUGUGAUUAUAUCCAUUUUCUUUGUACGUGCCUAGAUUCUGUAAUCUGGUAUCCAUACUCAAAGCGAAGCGCCCCACUGAUUAACCCACAAACCUUCACCUGACGUUGGCUCCAUUAUAACCUUAAUUUAAUCAGCUGGAAUUACAUUACAGAAUCUUACCCCUUGACCGAGAUAACCAGAUCUCAUUCAGUUACAGGCCAGGGUAUAUAUAUUAUCCCAGACACUUCUGUCCAGAGAGAUUGUUUUGUUAAGCGACAAUUUCUGUUGACCAGCGGAACAUUUUACCUUCCUAUAGCUGGAGCACUACCUGCCCAGAGAGAGCAUGGACUUCCUGUAGAGAAACGGGUGUGAAUCAUUUAACGAAUCCUAUAUGUCUGUGAUAUUCUAGUCAGAAAUAUUGGUGCUUUAAUUUUUUAUUUUCAGGAAAUAUUUUGAUCAAAUGUAAUGUCAAAUCUGUUAUGUACAUUGAAAUUUGUAUGUUUGAUAUAGAUGUUGGUGAACAUGUGACAUAUUAAAUAAAUAAAUAUACUUCAUUUGAUGUAGUG